AAGGAAGGAAGCUGUAGUGAUAUUCUUCUCUGGACCGUCUCCCUGACAGCAGCGAGUUGUCUUAUAACAGUAGGUGGCGCAGACGGUGGAUCUUGUCCUGGUAAAGGGAUUACAAAUCUGCGGCAUCGACUCUACACCGACUGCAUCGCAAGCCCCUUGUAAAUAAAGUGUCAAAGUGGUGGUGUCAUUGGUGGAAUAAAUAAAUCAUGCUUACGGACUGGAGGAGACCAGAUUGCACUGGAUCGAACACGUGUACAGAGCAAAGUGUGCAAAAGAAAAAAAAGAAGCACAAUCCCUAAGGAGAGACUCUUGGCUUUGGUGCAAUGGAUUACACAAGUCCAGGCAGUCUCCAUAGCUGAGAGACUGCCCUGAAAAUGGAGGUCUUCUACCCUGGCUGCAUCUCUGGAUUUCUGGAUGGCGUCUACCAAACCUUGAGCGUCCACUUGUAAAACACCAAUUGUCAUCAGAAUGCAAAUGCAGCCUAAAUGAAGGAUCCUCUCUACAAAGUGAACUGGACACUGACACAAAUGAAGUAUGUAGCACUAUUCACAGCAUCUAAAACAGAGACUUGGCCAGUAUGGAAGAGCAGACUACCACUGUGAUUCCGAUUUACUUGAAUGGCACUGAGCAGUUCAAUGCUUCAUUUGAAUUCAACCUAACCGAUGUAAACGAAAGCAUAGACACCUAUGAGUUUUACGUCAUCGGCCUGUUUCUCUCCUGCCUGUACACCAUAUUCCUAUUCCCCAUUGGCUUCAUUGGCAACAUCCUCAUUUUAGUGGUCAACCUCAAUCACAGGGACAAGAUGACCAUCCCUGAUCUGUACUUCGUCAACCUGGCCGUGGCGGACCUUAUUCUAGUGGCGGAUUCGCUCAUUGAGGUCUUCAAUCUCAACGAGAAGUACUACGACUAUGCCGUCCUCUGUACCUUCAUGUCACUUUUCCUCCAGGUGAACAUGUACAGCAGCAUCUUCUUCCUGACAUGGAUGAGUUUCGACCGCUAUGUCGCUCUUGCCAGCUCCAUUAGCAGCAGUCCGCUUCGAACUAUGCAGCACGCCAAACUCAGCUGUAGCCUCAUCUGGAUGGCCUCCAUCCUGGCGACUCUGCUUCCCUUCACCAUCGUGCAGACGCAACACACCGGCGAGGUGCACUUCUGCUUCGCCAAUGUCUUGGAGAUCCAGUGGCUCGAGGUGACGAUUGGAUUUCUGGUGCCCUUCUCAAUCAUUGGCCUGUGCUAUUCCCUAAUUGUCCGCAUCCUCAUGCGUGCCCAGAAGCACAAGGGACUGUGGCCGCGCCGGCAGAAGGCCCUGCGCAUGAUCGUGGUGGUUGUGCUGGUGUUCUUUAUUUGCUGGCUGCCCGAGAACGUCUUCAUUAGCAUCCAGCUGCUCCAGGGCACGGCCGACCCAUCGAAACGCAGCGACACCACGCUGUGGCACGACUACCCGUUGACCGGGCACAUCGUCAACCUGGCUGCGUUCUCCAACAGCUGCCUGAACCCGAUCAUUUACAGCUUCCUCGGGGAGACUUUCAGGGACAAGCUAAGACUCUUCAUCAAGAGGAAGGCCAGCUGGUCGGUGGUCUACCGCUUCUGUAAUCACACUCUGGACUUGCACAUCCCUGUCAGGGGUGAGUCCGAAGUGUAGCGCAGGUUUGGAAACCUGCAGUUCCUGAAGUUGUCAUCUGCCUUGUCUUGCUUUCCAGAACUUGAUCAAGAAGUGACACGGGUUGACGUAACGAACACUGCUUAAUGUUUAAGUCAGCUGGGUGAAAUAAGGAUUAUUUAGGGUGAAUCACCUGCUGAUGAAGUGGAUUACAAGACAUGGAUGCAGAGGUUGGCCUACAGCAGAUAAGUGAAAUAAAUAGAGAUGGCAUGUCAAAACAAAGACUUUUAUAGGACCAUAUUCUCUGUGAACCCAUUCAAAGGUAACAAAUAAAGUCAUCGAAGUGCCUGCGACCCAUUUCCCAUUUCAUUGUGAUAUAUAUUCUCCUGUUCAUAUAUUCAUGUUAUUGAAACUGAUGCAAUCAAUGACUUGGUGUGUUCUGCUUCAAGACUGAAUAAAUGCAUAUUUUGUAGGA